AUGGCUCCAUUACUCAGAAAUUACCGAUUCUUAAUCGGUGCUUUUGCCGUGAUGAUGUUAUUCUUUCUGAUCAGAACAUCAACUUCUGCUGGUAGCUCUAUGGAUAUUGCCAGAAAUGUUGCUAGUACUAUGAACCGUCCAGAAACACCUCCAGAUGUUUCUACUUUACCAGUUUCAAAUAAUUCAGGUUAUAUUUCCGAUUCAAAGACUGAUAACACUAACUCUGAAGUUGCUGAUGCAGUAAAGUCUCAAACUGAACAAGCCGCAAGCGCAGCAAGUAAAAGUUCUUCAAAAUGUGGUAAAGACCAUCAAUAUGUUGUAAUGAUUGAUGCUGGUUCUUCUGGUUCUAGAGUUCAUGUUUAUGAAUUUGAUGUGUGUACUCAGCCACCAACUUUGAUCGAUGAGAAAUUUGAAAUGUUGAAACCUGGUCUAUCCUCUUUUGAAGGUAAACCUAUUGAAGCUGCUAAAUCUUUAGAUCCAUUAUUAAAGGUCGCUUUAGAUACUGUUCCAGAAUCAAAGAGAGGUUGUACACCAGUUGCGGUUAAAGCUACAGCUGGUCUUAGAAUGAUAGGUGAAGCGGCUAGUUCCGAAAUUUUGGAUCAAGUUAGAGUUCAUCUAGAGACCAACUAUCCGUUUGCUGUUGUUGAUGGUAAUGGUAUUUCUAUUAUGGAAGGUGAGCAAGAAGGUGUCUAUGCUUGGAUUACUACUAAUUAUUUAUUGGGUAAUAUUGGUAACAAAGAGAAAUUGGAUACAAGUGCAGUAUUUGAUUUAGGUGGUGGUUCUACUCAGAUUGUCUUUGAACCUACUUUUGCAUCAAAUGAAAAGAUGGUUGAUGGUGAAUAUAAAUAUGAAUUGUCCUUUGGUGGUCAUGAUUAUACAUUAUAUCAAUUUUCUCAUUUAGGUUAUGGUUUGAAUGAAGGUAGGAAAAAGAUUAAUAAAUUAUUAGUUGAGAAUGCUAUUAACAAUGGUAAAAUCAUUGAAGGUGAUAAAACCACUGUAUAUGAAUUGUCAUCUCCAUGUUUACCACCAAAUGUAACUAACGAGAAAGUUAGAGUAGAAUUAGAUGGUAAAGCUGUUUAUUUUGUUACCUUCAAAGGUCCAAAAGUUGCUGCUGGUGCACAAUGUAGAUAUUUAGCUGAUCAAAUUCUUCAUAAGGAUGCUAAAUGUAAGCAGCCACCAUGUUCUUUCAAUGGUGUUCAUCAACCAUCAUUAGUUCGUACAUUCAAGGAGACUAAUGAUCUCUAUCUCUUUUCAUUUUUUUAUGAUAAGACACAUUCCUUAGGGAUGCCUCUAUCAUUUACAUUAAAUGAAAUGAUGGAUUUAACAAGAAUGGUUUGCAAUGGUGAAGAAGUAUGGGAGAGUGUUUUUGGAAACCUUGGAGAUUCCUUGAAAAACUUGAAAGAGGAUCCAAAUUUCUGUCAAGAAUUAUCUUUCGAAGUUUCGUUAUUACAUACAGGUUAUGAUAUUCCAUUACAUAGAGAAUUGAAAACCGGUGAAGAUAUUGACGGUAAUCAACUUGGUUGGUGUCUAGGUGCAUCAUUACCAUUAUUGGAAAGUGACGAUUGGAAAUGUCAAGUGUCCAAAGUCAACUAA